AUCCCUGCUACCAAAAACAAAGCGCAACACAAAGUGAGGGGAAGUAUUUUGAGGGGGGAUUGAGGGCAACGUGUCUCAUUAUAUAUAGUACAUUCUUUACAGCUUGAACAUUCACUGUAGUCUUGGAUCACAUGGCACAGUCCUAAAUAGAAUGCUUUCCUCAAGCUCAAUUAAGUGGCAGUGUACAGGGAGGAGAACUUGGAUUCAGCAUGAAUGAUAGCAGGGGUUUAUUUACUUAACACUAAUCAUCAAGAGUGGUCACCCAUACCUGCAACCCCAGUGGGUAGGGAAGCUAAGGCAGGAGGACCACGAGCUAGAGGCCAGCUUGUGCAAUUUAGCAAGACCCUGUCUCAAAAUAAGGGCAACUUGGAGACCAAGACCCUGUCUCAAAAUAAAAAAAGGUCUAAGGAGACCUUUGAAGCUCCUCAUAGACUUUCGGUUCAGUCCCCAGCACCACACAUGGAAAAAGGCAAACAGAAGCUAAAAUUCCCUUGUGAUGUAAACUAAUUGGGAUAUGUGGUGUAAAUGCAUUUUUAGCUCCUUUUAAUUUCAGAUGUUACUUACAUCAUUACCACUUGAAAUUAUGAGCCAAGAACAGGAGCAUGGCCAUCACCUAAGAUCGUUUAGGAAUGCAGGGCCUUGGGCUUACGACAGACCGUCUGUACCAGAAUCCACAUUUUAACCAGGUUCUCCAGAGGAUUCGUGUGCACAUUCAGAUUUAAGAGGCACAGACUUAUAAAUUGUAACUUUUAAUUUGAUCCCUGCUUUUUAUGAGUGACAAAACUGAAUGUGUACGCAUUAUAUGCUCAGUCAGCUGCUCUUAACAUGUAUUGGUUUUUAAGACACACGCUAAAUGAUCCUGUUUGAUUUUUGUACAUUUCCAGUUAAUCUAUAGAGUCUUGUUUCUCCAGGUCGCCAUUUCCCUAAACGUCCAAAGCACAUGCUUAUAGUAGAAGCAAAGUUUGAUGGAGAGCAGUUGGCUACUGACCCUGUGGACCAUACUAACCAGCCAGAAUUUGCAACUGAGCUAGCCUGGGAAAUCGACAGGAAAGCACUGCAUCAGCACAGACUACAGCGUACUCCUAUCAAACUCCAGUGUUUUGCCUUGGAUCCUAUAUCUUCAGCCAAGGAAACUGUAGGUUAUAUUGUUCUGGACUUGAGAACUGCCCAAGAAACCAAACAGGCACCAAAGUGGUACCAGUUGCUGAGUAAUAAAUACACCAAGUUCAAGUCUGAGAUACAGAUAAGCAUCACUUUGGAAACAGAUACUAAAGCACCAGUGGAUAGUUUUAAAGCGAAGGGAGCCCCACCUCGAGAUGGAAAAGUACCCGCCAGCCUUCCUGGACUUGACCCAAAGGACCUUGUCGCAGUGCUGAAUGAGGAAGGAGGCUACCAUCAGAUUGGACCCGCAGAGUGUUGUACUGACGCCUUCGUUAUGUCAGUGACCAUAGCGUUUGCCACUCAGUUGGAGCAGUUAAUUCCGUGUACCAUGAAACUUCCAGAAAGACAGCCUGAGUUUUUCUUUUACUAUUCUCUACUGGGAAAUGAUGUUACAAAUGAACCCUUCAGUGAUUUAAUCAACCCAAACUUUGAGCCAGAGAGAGCAUCUGUUCGCAUACGCAGCAGUGUAGAAAUUCUUCGUGUGUACCUGGCUCUUCAGCCUAAACUGCAGAUCCAUUUGUGCUGUGGAGACCAGUCACUUGGAAGUACAGAAAUACCUUUAAAUGGACUACUCAAAAGGGGCAGUACAGAAAUCAACCAGCACCCAGUCACAGUGGAGGGUGCUUUUAUCCUUGACCCUCCAAACCGAGCCAAACAAAAGCUUGCGCCUGUUCCCCUAGAGCUGGCCCCAACUGUGGGAGUGUCUGUGGCUCUGCAGAGAGAAGGCGUCGACUGCCAGUCUUUAAUUGAAUUAAAGACCCAGAAUGGACAUGAGCCAGAGCUUUCAAAGAAGAGAGUUUUAACUCCCAUAAAAGAGAAGACACUUACUGGUCCCAAAUCACCAAGCUUAUCCCCAGCUGCACCUCCCAGCCAUACACCGCCAGCCAAAGACGAUGCCACAGAAAGUGAGGUAGAAAGCUUGCAGUAUGAUAAGGAUUUAAAAGCACAAGUAAAGGGCAUUAGUUCUUCUGUACCUGUUUCACUUGCCCAGCCAGUUGCGACGUCCAAUGCUUCAGAAACAGCCUCAGCACAGAAGAUCGCUGUUCCCGCAACAUCGCAUCACUUUUGCUUUUCAAUAGAUUUAAGGAGUCUCCAUGGCUUGGAACUUAGUUUUCCUAUCAACUGUAUAUUAAGGUAUUCGUAUCCAUUUUUUGGAAGUGCAGCUCCUAUUAUGACCAAUCCUCCGGUGGAAAUUCGGAAAAACAUGGAAGUUUUUCUCCCCCAGUCUUAUUGUGCAUUUGAUUUUGCAACUCUGCCUCAUCAGCUGCAAGAUACCUUCCUAAGGAUACCUUUGCUGGUUGAAUUAUGGCAUAAGGACAAAAUGAGUAAAGAUUUACUUCUCGGGAUCUCAAGAAUCCAGCUCUCUAACAUCUUGUCUUCAGAAAAAACUCGCUUUUUAGGCUCUAACGGUGAACAGUGUUGGCGUCAGACUUACAGUGAGAGUGUGCCUGUUAUAGCAGCACAAGGGUCAAAUAACAGGAUAGUAGAUCUUUCCUACACAGUGACUCUAGAAGAUUAUGGACUAGUAAAAAUGCGUGAGAUUUUUGUCUCUGAUUCAUCUCAGGUAAAGGGUUUACCUGCUGGGCAGCAGAAGCUGUCUUCUCUUCCUCCAGCACCUUGUCCCUCAGAGAUCCAAACAGAGCCUCGUGAAACGCUAGAGUACAAAGCAGCACUUGAGCUGGAAAUGUGGAAGGAAGUGCAAGAAGACAUUUUUGAAAAUCAGCUAAAGCAGAAAGAACUGGCUCACAUGCAAGCUCUGGCAGAGGAAUGGAGAAAGAGGGACAGGGAGAGAGAGUCACUAGUGAAGAAGAAGGUGGCUGAGUACAGUAUUCUGGAAGGAAAACUCCAACGAACCCUAAUCGACUUAGAGAAGCGAGAGCAGCAGCUCGCCGGUGCAGAAUCAGAGCUUCAAAGAGAGAAAAAGGAAUUGCAAUCAGAACGUGAACAGAACCUGAAGGAGCUUCAGGACUCUGUCCGUCGGGUCAGAGAAGACUGCAUUCACCAAGUGGAGCUGGAGAGGUUAAAGAUCAAGCAGCUGCAAGAAGACAAACACCGACUUCAGCAGCAGGUUGUCAUCUUAUUAUUCUUACAGCCUAUUUCAUUCUACAAGGGUCAUGAAAAGCUUAUUGAUACUGAAAAUAAGUAUAAGACUUUGGAAAAAGAGUUCCAACAGUUCAAGGAUCAGCAGAGCAACAAACCAGAAAUCCAUCUACAAUCUGAAAUAAAUCUUCUCACCUUGGAAAAGGUUGAACUUGAAAGGAAGUUGGAAUCUGCAACUAAGUCUAAACUGCAUUACAAGCAGCAGUGGGGACGAGCUCUGAAGGAACUUGCCAGACUUAAACAGAGAGAACAAGAAAGUCAAAUGGCUCGUCUUAAAAAGCAGCAAGAGGAAUUGGAACAGAUGAGACUGCGUUACUUAGCUGCCGAGGAGAAAGAUACAGUAAAAACUGAGCAACAAGAAUUGUUGGACAUAAGAAAUGAAUUGAACAGGUUAAGGCAACAGGAACAGAAACAGUGCCAGGAUUCCGGAGAAAUUGCCAGUGGGAAAAUGGAAGGCCUGCGUGGCUCUGCAGUGGAAGAAGGCUUGGACGGUUAUUUGACUCGCCUCAUUGAGGAAAGGGAUACUUUGAUGAGAACGGGAGUAUAUAAUCAUGAAGACCACAUAAUAAGUGAACUUGACCGACAGAUCAGAGAAGUUUUGGCUAAAAACAAUGCCAGUAAUUAAUAAUACUUGGAAAAUCUUUGCAGAGACUUCAAGUUUAAAUUUUAAUUUUGUUGUAAAACUCAAAAAUGAAGAAAAAUGGGUAUUUUUAAAUGCUAUUUUCAAUUUUUUAUAAGCAGAAUUUUGUAUGUCACUGUAUAGUAUUUAUUUGAUUUUAUUUACUUUAUGCUACUCUCUAGAGCUGGUUUUAUUCAUAAUUACAUUUUAUAUACUCAUUUUAAAAUUUCAGUGUUUCAGUUUGUAAUCUGAUGGCUGACUUUCAAAACAGCUCUUCACUAAGUUUGGUGUAGGAGAAACAGCAGCAGUAAUUUCCAUUUAUAUAAUUUUUCAUGUUGAGCCAAAAGAGUAUAUGUUGCACUUUAAUAAUAUUGUGUCUUCUUCCUUUUGAGUGUAAAUAUCGUAAAAGUUGAAACCAGUUAUACAUGUAGCAGGUUUAUAUAACUCAUGUUAGGUGACUUUUUCCCUUAAUUUUUAAAAAUUUGCAAGUGACAAGUUUGGCAACAAAGCAGUAUCAAUGCAGAGAAGCCAUAUGACAUAUUGGGUGACAAAUUAAUCAUUUGUUUAAAGCUAGUACACAUUAAACUUGUUUAAAGAACUGUUGAAUUUUCAAUUCUUCAAUAUAUUCUUGAUUGCUAAAAGCAUAAGUUAUUUACUUAAUACUGUUCUUUUCCAUCAGCCUUCUGCUUAAGACGGCCUUUUGUUAAAAUUAGCGAUUUCAUUUUAUUUUCCAGUGAUAGAAAAACUAGCUGUUAAGCCCUAUAAUACUACGUGAAAACCAACACAAAGGAUUUAGCUGGGAAAACAAUAAUGAAACAACUAUUUUUUACUCCAACUUUAACCGGCCUUUUCCAGAAGUCCAUAAGAUUAAGUCCUUGGGCUUGUGCAGUGCUGUGUGUGUAAAUUUGAAGCAGUCCUUUACGUCUUAUUUCUCAAAGCCAACAUUUAUCCCCAGUACACUUUCCACACUCACCCUCUUUCUUCACAUAAUACUAAAAAUGUUUAUUAGCAGAUCCACAAGCUUGGGACUAAAAACAGAUACAGUUUUAAAAUUUGAUGCCCAAAUGUAAGUAUGUACUUUAGAAGUAUAUAUUAAUUAUCAAUAACUUCAAUAAAAGCAGAAUAGGUUACUUAGUAACAUUAAAUUAAUGUUCUGUUAUUUUUUUCAGUAAAGUAUAUCUCAUUUGGGAAAUUAAAGUCUCUAUUUACACUAUAUAUUUUCCCUUUAUUAAUAAAGUAUUAAUCCUCUAAAAAAACUCAGCAGUAAAUAACAGAAAGUAGUUACUGAAGGAGUAAUCAUAGCAGGAAUUUGAAAUAUUUAUUAAUUAUGGGUAUUUUCUCUCAUCAGUUUUUAUGCCACACCAGUGGAAGGAACAAAAAGUAUUCUUUCUGAUUUGGAAGGUCUCUACUAUGGCAACCUUCGUUUGCGUUGUGUGAUACCUGUAGCAUUUCAAACACUAGAGGGGGCCUUAGAUUUAAAGAAAUAAGAAGUUUUCAAAAAAGUAUGUGUGGUUUAUUCUGCCUUCUGUAAAUCAGUCUUUUGGUUAUUGCAAUUUAACAAAUAAAAUAAUUGU